AUGAGAAGGAAGAAUGUCCGAAGUGUCUGGAGCCGUUUUACCGCACAUGGAAAGUGUUUGGAUGAAGUACGUUUAGUUUUCGAUGAUCAACAAGAACUGUAUGUUUCACAAAACUUUCUUAUACUAUCUUCACCAGUUUUUGAGGCCAUGUUUAAAAAUGAUUUCAAAGAAAAGCAGCAAUCAGCAGUUUUGUUGAAAGAGAAGAGCUAUACAGACUUUCAUGAAUUUUUGAUGUGUAUUCAUCCAGGGACAUUAAAGCCAGUUACAGAAGCCAAUGUACUGCGCAUUGUACCUAUAGCGGAGGAAUAUCAAGUUGACUCAAUCAUCCAAAGUUGCAAAUCGGUUAUGAAAAACUGGCUCGAGAAAGAAUAUGUAUCUGCUAAAAGCAAAACUGGCAUUUAUAUAUAUCAUAUCAUAAAACCAACACGACAAUGUUUAAGUAUUCUCACGACGUCUUUGGCACGGAAUUACAUAUCACUUGUAGACAACGCUGUGGACAUUAUCGCCAAAAUGCCGCAUAGAAUAUAUUAUGGUUCGUAUAAACCUGACACGCUUUGUACCGACUAUCAUUCAAAUACACAAGAAAUAAACGGAAAAAAAAUCACUUACCGUAAAAUAAUUCGUGAAUGUAAAACAGUAUUCCAGACCCUUCCUGCUGAGCUUAGAUGUACAAUAUUAAGCAAAAGACUGGCACUGGAUACAGACAAUGUCGUCCAGUAACCACCUGAAAUAAGUGAUCCGGCAAGAAAAAAACUUUAUAUGAGACAGUGCUAGAUUUUAUUUAUAGGUGUUAUU